AUGGCAGACUCCAGUCAUGAGAGCCCACAACUGACAAGGCGCACGUCGUCUCCUUCCAGACAACCUCGUCGGCCGUCACGCUCGCCCGUGCCGCCCACCGCCCCCGACCCCCAACCCGCUACCGCCUUGUUCCCAUUCCCGCGUAACCAAAACAUCUACCGUCGCCAGAAUGUUCCGCCUUCUUUUGUAAGCGCGUCGUCUCGCGACCAACCCGGACCCUCCACUCGCCCGUAUGGAUUCACUCGCCCCAGCACUAACCUUGGAAGUACUCUUCCAAGCUUCUCCCCAUCCCAGUAUGGAUCGAUAAGCACGCCUAGUGAUCGUCCUCGGACAACGCACCCGGUCUUCACCUCGACCUCGGAUCUAGUCGCCCACCAUGGCCUUCCCCAGUCUCUGCCCCCUGUGCCUCGUACAACAAGAUAUUCGACCCCAGUUUCCGACUCUCGCUCAGAGUCCAUCUCAGCGUCAAACGCUAAUCCAGAUCCCGACUUCUCCUCUUUGUGCUCGAACUACCUGGCAAUGCUGACCAAAAAGCCUGAGGAUAGGCAACAAUCCGCUGCGGACGCGCUCCCCGAUGUCGACAACGGGGCUGCGGUCCAGGCUCUCAUGGAGGUGCUGCAAGCAUCUCCUGAGUUCCAGGCAGUGGCUGACUUCAACGACUUCCUCACGUCACCGAUGGAAUCCCCAUGGGACGACUUCCUCACAACACCCGUGGUCGGAACCGACAACGUCGGCUCGGACAUGUUCACCAGUCCCGCCAUCGUCGACGACGAUGACUUCGACGGCUUCGGCGGGCCCUCGCUCUUCGGUGGCUCGAUCGGCCUGACCGGCGGUAUACAGGGACCUGCGAAGGCUGACCUUCCUCCGCCCAAAUCUGUCCCACUGCCGACUACUGAUGGCUUCGACGGCCUGUACACAAUGCCGUCGCCGACAACACCUGCCCUCGACCCCGCAUCCCUUCAUUCGUCACCCCGCGUCCCUCCGCUAGCGGCGACCCCGUCGACACCUGGUCAGCCUCUUCGACAAGGUGGCCCGACGGGGACACGGAAGAACGUCACUCCCGACUCGCUCGUACCCCUUGACGCGCCGAUCCAGCCUCGCAAGUACGUGCUGCCUUCGUCGACUUCGCGCAAGGAGGUCCCGGCUGUCUUCGCGCGUAAGCGUGCACGCUCGUCAGCGUUCGGCGAUGAGGACGAGCUCUGUGCGGAUGACCUGCCACAACACGACUUGGAUGCGAUCGAGGCGAAGCGGCGGCAAAAUACUCUUGCGGCGCGGCGCAGUCGGAAGCGGAAGCUCGAGCACCAACGCGGGCUGGAGAUGACCGUCGAGCAGGAGCGGACGGAGAAGGAGAUGUGGAAGGCGCGGGCGACGAUGUUCGAGGCGCUCCUUCGGAGCCAUGGCCUCGAGGUGCCUCUCAUCAACCCAUGA